AAAAUCACUAAUUAAUAAGUUCAGUUCAGCUGAGUUCAGUCAAUCGAAACAGGCCCUAAAAGUCUGUUCUCAUUUACUAAACUGAAUCAUUUAUGAGAGAAGAAAAAUUAAAAAGUAAACUGAAUUAAAAUUAAAUUGAAGAGAACAGACUCUAAGACGGGUGCCGUGCAACCUAAAAUCAUACACCCCUGCGGCCGUGCCACCCUAGUACUCGACUACUCGUACUCCUUAUAACAAAGACAGCAACAACCUUUUUCAACUCCACUCAAAACCGAAGAUCAUCCCAAAAGUUAAAAAACCUUUUGGUAUAAAAAUCAAAAAGAGAAGCUUCUUAUUCCUUCAAAAUUCAAUCAAAACAAAAAAAAAUGAGCACAACAAUUAAUAAUCUACAACUCCUCCAUCUUCGCCACCUUCAAUUUCAACGCCAUCGUUGCUCAUCCUUCUCUCUCUCACUCCCUCGUUCUCUCUCUCUCCUCUCCUCAAAAUGCAGUGUUUCUCUUUCAGGUCCAAAUUCUCUUGCCCUGAACCCCAAGAUUAUGAAAUAUGGGUGUUCUUGUAACGUGGUGGUUAAAUGUGUACCAAAAGAUUUUGAAUCAGAAUCCAAUGUUGUUCCUCAGGAGGUUGAGAAGAUAGAAGACAUUUCCAAUAUCUUGAGCAAAGCGAAUUCUUUUUUGCCUCAUGUUGUGCUUGCAAGUACGCUGCUUGCUCUUGCUUAUCCUCCUUCUUUUACUUGGUUUACCAACAGGUACUACGCACCUGCACUGGGAUUUUUGAUGUUUGCAGUGGGUCUAAAUUCAAGUGAGAAAGAUUUCCUUGAAGCAUUUAAAAGACCUGCUGCCAUUUUUGCUGGCUAUAUUGGGCAAUUUGUUGUCAAGCCUCUGCUUGGAUUUAUAUUUGGCACUAUUGCAGUAACAGUUUUUGGUCUCCCUACUCCCGUUGGUGCUGGGAUCAUGUUGACAUCUUGUGUCAGCGGGGCCCAACUCUCAAAUUAUGCAACUUUCUUAACUGACCCUCAAAUGGCCCCUUUAAGCAUUGUUAUGACAUCAUUUUCUACAGCCUCUGCAACAUUUGUGACACCCCUUCUAUCACUGCUUCUCAUUGGAAAGAGAUUACCUGUCGAUGUUAAAGGAAUGAUGGCUAGUAUUAUGCAGAUUGUAGUAGCACCUAUCGUAACUGGCUUGCUUCUGAAUAGGUUGUUUCCUAAGGUCAGCAAGGCAAUACGACCCUUUCUGCCUCCGCUAUCAGUUUUUGUAACAUCUCUUUGUGUUGGUGCACCCCUCGCUAUCAAUAUAAAUGCUGUUAUGUCCCCUUUUGGAUUGACCAUCCUUCUGCUUGUAACUCUGUUUCACCUGUCUGCAUUUAUUGCUGGUUAUGUGAUGUCUGGUUUGGUAUUUCAUAACACACCUGAUGCGAAAGCUCUCCAAAGAACACUUUCCUAUGAGACAGGCAUGCAAAGCAGUCUUCUUGGUCUGGCACUUGCUAAUCGGUUUUUUGAGGAUCCUGUUGUGGGAGUUCCUCCUGCUAUAUCUACUGUUAUAAUGUCUUUGAUGGGAUUCUCUCUUGUUAUGUUGUGGGCUAAGAAGAAGGUGAUAGCAAUGGCUUUGGUUUGGCAAUAUGGUGAUAGGCCUGGCAAUGAAUCUUGGAAGGGUCUCUCUUGGGGAAUGGUACCCUUACUUGGCGGAGCAAUGUGUGCAUGUACAUGGCAUUUCUUUUACAAUGCUGAGUCACUUGAGGUACUGGUGGCACUUCAAGCUGCUUUGACAGUUUGUGGCAAUGCCACUAUGUGUGCUGCUGCGUACCGCAUAUACAAGUCACAGAAUCGCCCAGAAAUUUUUUAAGAUACUUCAACAGAAAUAACAUUUAAAUAUGUCCUGCAAGAAUUGGAUUUGAGGUAUUUUUUUCUCAUAUCGAUUAAACUUGCUCUUCCUGUAAUAUAAUUCUCCUCCUUCCAUUGUGCUGUAUUUAUAUUUUUAUGGAGCUGAAAAUGACAUUCUUAUUCCCUUUAUCAAUGGUAGUGGUUUUUUUAGAAGUAGGAAUGGAUGCAAUUGAGAAUUUGACACAUUUGUGUAAUUUCAUAUUGAAUUAGUCUAGUAACAGGCUUUUCUUUUCUUAA